AUGCAUCGACACGGCUUCCGCCGUUGUCGUUCGGCCAGGCUCGCAUUACGGCAGUGUGACCUCCCAAACUUGGCAUUCCCUAACCCUACCCUCAGACGGCUCUGUUCUCCUUCGUGCUAUUCGUUUGCCGACGACGCGAGUCCCGGUCAGGCGCAUUAUGCGGCGUUUAGUGCGCGUGAAAGCUCCAAACAGUCUCCCCAAAUUGUACUCAGUAAUAGGCGCUUCGUUACAACCACCACUGGCGGUGACAAGCCGUUGCACUUCUGCAUAGUGGGAAGCGGUCCAGCAGGCUUCUAUACUGCAGAGAAGCUUCUGAAGCGUUUCGACACGGCACGGGUGGACAUAGUGGAAAGGCUGCCCUCUCCCUUCGGCCUAGUGCGCACUGGAGUUGCUCCAGACCACCCUGAAACCAAGAAUGUGAUCAACCAGUUCACUCGUGUGGCCCAAAAUCCCCGCUGCCAAUACUUUGGCAACGUUCUGGUCGGCCCUGUGGCUUCCACGUCAACACCAUCAUCCUCCACGUCAGCGUCAGACCCAUUGGCAUCGCCAACCUCACAAUCUCCAGCUGCAGCAGUGACAUUGCAUGAGCUGCGGCAGAUGUACCAUGCUGUCAUCCUGGCAUAUGGAGCAGAGGGCGACCGCGACCUGAAUGUGCCCGGGGAGCACCUGAGAGGAGUCUUCUCUGCCAGGGAGUUCGUGUGGUGGUACAACGGACACCCAGACUACGCCAAUCUUCCAGUGGACCUCACCUCCACUGACACCGCCGUUGUCGUUGGCCAGGGCAACGUGGCUCUGGACGUGGCGAGAGUGCUGCUUCGACGGCCGUGUGAGCUUCAACCCACCGACAUUGCAGAGCAUGCACUGGAGGCACUAGAGAGGAGCCAAGUCAGGCGAGUGCAUGUGGUGGGAAGGCGGGGUCCGGUUCAGGCAGCCUGCACUGCCAAGGAGGUUCGCGAGGUGCUAAAGCUCGAUGGCAUUCAAGUGAUGCUCAUGCAGCAGGACUUUGCACUGACUCCUAUGGACGAGGACGAGCUCAAGGCGAGUCGCAGCCACCGCCGCGUGUUUGACCUGCUCUUCAAAGCAGCAGCAGUUGCACCAGCACCUUCACCAACAAUCACCACCAGCACCAGCAAUGAAUUCGGCAGCAGCGGGGGUGACAGAAGCAGCAGCGGCCAGAGCAGUGGGGGUGACAGCAGCAGCAGUGACCGGCGUGAGCUGGAUUUUGUGUUCUUCCGCUCGCCUGUGGCUGUGUUACCUGCAGUGGAUGGGAAGGGGGAAGCAGAGGAACGUGUUGGGGCUAUUCGACUGGAAAAGAACGUUCUCACUGGGGACUUCAGGGACGGGCCAAGGAGAGCAGUGGGGACAGGAGAAAGUAGCGACCUGCCUUGCGACCUCGUGUUUAAGAGCAUAGGCUACCGCUCUCUGCCCAUUGCUGGCCUGCCUUUCAACCAACGCAGCGGCACGGUACCGAACGAGUUGGGCCGUGUGCUGCAAGCCGGUGGAUCCGAGCCUGCCAGUGAGGCUCGGUACGAGCCGGGCCUGUAUGUGGUUGGGUGGCUGAAGAGGGGACCCACGGGAAUCAUCGGCACGAACCUGAUCGACGCUGAAGAAACGGUAUCUAGCAUUGCGCAAGAUGCAACAGCAAUCAAGCGUCUCCUGCUUUUCGCCGCGUUGUUCUGCCUCGUAUUGAGCGGUAACGCCGUUCCGGGGAGGCAGCUUCGCCACCGAAGCAAGUACUCGUGGCAGGACUUCGCCGCUUUGGGAAAAUUUUCUGGAACUCUCGCCGCUCCUAUGAGCGGGAGUCAAGUCAGUGGGGGGAACAAGAAGGACCAUGGAGUUAUUCGAAUGUCUAUUUUUUCGAAAGAUGGCGAUUACAACGUAUACUACAAUGGCAAAGCCGAUCUCAAGGAUUCGGGUUACCCGACUACCGUCGGUAUUUUUAAGGGGAAAAAGGGCGAGGACGGAACGCUGGCAUUCGACUUCACGGCUGACGCCACGUGGUCGAACGACACGUGGAACCCCGUGUUCCCGAUUUUCCGGCAAUUUGUAGACCACUUCGAUUACAGCUUCGAGGGCAUUUACGAGAAGGCCAGCACCAAGGCUGCGGCGACGGGCACGCUUAAGGAUCUUAUCGAGGCCAUGUUCAACGACGGCGCUAGCUCGUAUUACGGGUUGGUGACCUCCGCAGCGCACGCGACUGGGGCGACGCGCGGGCAGUUCCUUGGGUUCAAGCUUUCCAUUUGA